AUGGCUUUGGAGACUGCUGUCCUGGCUGUCUUCAUCUUCACUUUCCUAACUGGUGUUCCAUCCAACCUCCUGGCCUUCUACACAUUCCUGGCAAAACUGCGUCACAAGCCAACCCCAACAGAUAUCUUCUUGCUCAACUUGAGCAUUUCUGAUAUCAUCCUUCUGCUUUUUCUGCCUGUCAAGAUGGUGGAGGCCUCUUCCCACAUGACCUAGUCUCUCCCUCCUUCACUCUGCUCUCUCACCAGCUGCUCCUUCUAUGGAAGCAUGUACCUCAGCAUCCUUUUCCUCGCAUCAAUCAGUGUGGAUCGCUUCCUGGGCGUCGUCUAUCCCAUCAAAUACAAAAUGCAUCGCAGACCUGUUUAUGCUCUGGUGAUCUGCGUCUGUUUCUGGAUGCUGGUCUGCUCCCAUUGCAGCAUCAUCUACAUUUAUAGAUAUGGAGGUUCGAAUGAGAGCAUUCCAUAUUCUCCUAAUACCUCCCAUUGCUAUGAUAACUUCUCCCUGCAACAGCUCCGUGUCAUCUACUCUCUCCGAUUGGAACUCUGCCUGUUCUUUUUCUGUUUCCCUUUCAUUAUCACCCUCUUCUGCUAUGUGAAGGUCAUCCACCUCCUGAGCUCCCUCUCCAAUGUCAAACCCAGCAAGAAGCGACGGGCAGUGGGUCUAGCUGUGGCCACUUUGCUCAAUUUCAUCAUCUGCUUUGCUCCGUACAAUGUUUCCCACAUGGUGGGCUUUAUAAAGAACCAGAGUCCACCUUGGAGAAUGGAAGCACUCCUCCUCAGCACACUUAAUACCUGUGUUGAUCCUGUCUUCUUCUUCUUCUCUUCCAAGGCCAUCCAACAGACCAUUAAUGAGUGUUGGGGUGCCAUGUUCCUCAGACUCCAAACUGUGGUCUUCUGCUCUAAACAUCCUACAAAUAAUGAUGGAGUAGAUGCUGACCAGUUCUUUAGUUCAGGUCUUCAGAGUAGAUAUCAAGGAGCUGAUGCCCAGACAAAAACUUUCUUGGACCAAUACCACAGAAGACAUGUGCAAUCAGAGCUCAAGACAUUCCCACAGCAAGCAUAA